UCUCGAUGUUCUUGUUUAGCUAUUUGUCUAGCCUUAUUUCUGGUUCAUAAUAUGCUAAUUGAUGUUUAUGAUAAAUUCUUUUUUAUUUUCUAGUUUUCAAGAUAUAACAUAUUCAGAGAAUGUGCAAUGGAAUGAAAAUAUUUUAUCUAAAAAUGCUGAAUACGGCUUUCUCCCUUUGCCCUCUACUUCGCAGCCACCACAAGGACUUACUUUUGAAAAAACACUAGUUUCCCAGAAUGAAUCAGUAGAAAAUGUUAAAGUUCCUGUUCGCAACUAUGAAAGAAUUGUGGGAAAACCUAAUAGAAAUAGAGAUUCUACAUUAACUGAACGUGAGAAGAUUCUGCUGAGUCAUUUGACUCAAACUAAAUUAAGCUUAAAGCGUUUGGCAGUCGAAAUGCGAACUGUGAGGAAGACACUAAUAAAUUGUUUGUAGCUUAUAACGAUAUUAGCAGGGUCCGCACUGACAUGCCUAAUAGAAAUAAUAAUGAUGACAUUCAAGUUGUUGAUGAGAUAGUUUAUCCUGUUUUGUCUUUGCCCAAUGAAAUCGAUUUCUUUUUAUAUGAAAAUGAUUUAUGUAACUUUUUGGAGCAGCCAGUAGUAUAUGUUAGUGGUUAUUUAGCUGCAAAAUUAUUAGAUAGAACGAAAUGUCAGAAAUGUAAAGAUUCGUUAAAAGUUGAUAAACCAGUAGAUGACUUAAACAAUUAUAUUAGUUUUAAAGAAUGGUGGAAAGAUUCGAGCUCAUUGUGCUUUCCUUCUAAACCUUUAUGUCAUUUUGUAAACAAGAGCCAAAUUCAUUUCAAAGCUAUUAUAUCUCAGGACUUACAAAUUAAAAAUAUAAAGCAGUA